CAUGUGAAAAGCUAGACAGGAAGAAGCCUCAUACCUUAUUGAGAGCGACAAAAGGUUUCAACUUGAGUUGAUUGACGUCAGUUUGGUCAAAGACGGUGCGUCUGCGACGAAUUAUAACAGAAACCGGCUGAUUUGCGCCAGAAACAAAACCCACUGGUUGGUGGCCAGUGGACCUGACCAAAAGGGAAGCAGCAGGCACUGAAUAGUGCAGACGAAUGGAUGCUAUGUUAGAAAGGUUGAUAGAGACAGAGACUCUGCUGCAAAGAGGACUCGAGCUCCAGUGAGGAUCCUCUCAUCCUUAUUCUGCAGGAAUGAGCACUGCCCAACUGGAGCACCACCAAAACAGACAUCCGCACACCUGGACGGACCCCUGCAACCAGACGCAGCUGCAUAUUUUCCUCAAUCUUCUUCAUUUACACUUAAGAACUCGUUGAAUUGGGAUAAAGUGUGGCACCUCACAGAGACGUCCAAGGGUUGAGAAAAUUCAACCAUCUUAAGUGGUGUGAAUGAGGUGAAUGAGGACUAUAUUUGUUGCUUUCACUAAGAGGGGUUUUUCAUCUUUGCGCGCAGUGCUCCCGUCUCACACCAGCACCAUAGAGACCAGGACAGACAUUUUACUGGGAGAGCAGGAAGCUCUGGACCAGAGUGGAGAUAAGAUUGUUGGACUGGAGUCUGUCUUUCAGGCACCAUGCAGUCAGAUGACCUCUUCAUACGCAAGUUUCGCCGUCAGAACAUGCGGCCGCCUAUUGCCACCGUCAAUUUUGACCCCAACCGGGAAGCAGGUCUAGUGGAGUGGCCGCCAAGGAGGGAGGCUGAUGGAGCAGAAGAUGACAGCCUCACUCCGAGCCGUGUGGGGCUGACGCUGAGGUCGGUGGGCCGCGGCCACAUCAUGCAGAGAAGUAACAGCGAUGUAACCUUAGGAGACUUGGACUCCUCUGGGAAGUCAGGGGGGAAAGCGACCCGGGUGGUUGGGGAGAAGGUGGGUGCGGGGGCUCAGGGCGAUGGGGGUUUGUUGCUACACAGGGAAUACGGCAGCCUGUCCUCGCUGGAGAGACAGACUCAAGCACAGGAGCCAAGCACAGACGACCAGGGGCCCCUGAGUCCAAAUGCCCUACGCUUCAAAGACCCUUUCCUGCUUUUGGGCCUGCAGGGCAACCCUCCAGAGCCUGAUGGAUUCUUUCGGGGUCUGUCUGUUCCCACGGGGGACACCCCAAAACCUGCCAAGCCACCGAAGCCUGAAGGUCUAAGUAAGAAGACCAAACCCCCUCAGAUCCCUCAACCAGGUCCAUAUGACAACAUUGGGGGCGGAGCCUGGGUGAGGAACUUUGCCCACUACGAUGUUCAGAGCAUCCUGUUUGACCUCACUGAGGCGGCCACAAACAGAGACAGCAUUGGACGGAAAAAGAACAUCACCUCAGGGGCUUCAGCCGCCUCCCAGCUGCGCCCCCUCUCCCAAGCCACCCCGUCCUCACCUGCCCAGGGAGGGGGAGGCAACGGGGUGAUUGCAGACGACCCUGAGCAGUCGCUGCUGCUGGACGAAGGUGAUGGCAACGAUAACGAGCUCCUGCUCAGCUGCCCCCACUUCCGCAAUGAGACCGGGGGAGAAGAGCAGGUGGGUCUUGGUCGAUCCCAGGGGAGGAGGGGACUCUGGUUGAGCCUGCGAACCCCCAAUGAUGCAGUGUCGGUCCUGGAGGAGCCCAGAGAGAGUCACGUCCAACAGCAGGGCAAGAGCAACUACUUUAUAGAGCAUGCAGAUCUGGGAGCCCAUUACUAUCGCAAAUAUUUCUACAUGAAAGAACACCAGAAUUUCUUCGGCAUGGACGACCGCCUUGGCCCAGUGGCCAUCAGUUUCCGUCGAGAGGAGAAAGAAGGAUCCAGCGGAGCUCAGUACAAUUGCAGAAUCAUCUUUCGCACCACAGAGAUGAAAACACUGCGAGGUUCCAUCUUGGAGGAGUCUGUGCCUUCUGCCGCUCGUCACACGACCCCUAGAGGCUUGUCUCCCAAGAGGCUGCUGGAGUUCAUCAUGCCUGAACUGAACCUGCAUUGCCUUCGCUUGGCUUCGAACUCCCCGAAGGUCAGGGACACCCUGCUGAAGCUGGAUGAACAGGGGCUGAAUUUCCAGCGAAAGGUUGGGGUGAUGUACUGCCGGGCCGGGCAGAGCUCAGAGGAAGACAUGUACAACAACGAGAGCUCGGGCCCGGCGUUUGAAGAGUUCCUGGAUCUGCUCGGGGAGCGUGUGCGGCUGAAGGGCUGGGAGAAAUACAGAGCUCAGCUGGACAACAAGACCGACUCAACUGGGACACAUUCCCUCUACACGCGCUACCAGGACUAUGAGAUUAUGUUUCACGUGUCCACUAUGUUGCCCUACACAUCCAACAACACGCAACAGUUGCUUAGGAAGCGACACAUCGGUAACGACAUUGUGACGAUCGUGUUCCAGGAGCCAGGCGCCCUGCCCUUCACGCCAAAGUCCAUCCGCUCCCAUUUCCAACAUGUCUUUAUCAUCAUUCAGGUCCAUGAGCCCUGCACUGACAACACCUAUUACAGGGUGGCUGUGACACGCUCUAAAGACAUGCCAUUAUUUGGCCCACUCUUCCCUAAGGGUGCUCGAUUCCCUCGCUCUCCCGCCUUCAGAGACUUUCUCCUGGCGAAGGCUGUGAAUGCAGAGAACGCCGCAGAGAAGUCAGAGAAAUUCCGCUCCAUGGCCACCCGCACGCGGCAGGAAUACCUGAAGGACCUGGCCGAAAACUAUGUGACCACCACACCCAUCGACUCCUCCACCAAGUUCCCCCUGCUCUCUCUGGGUGGCAAACGCAAAGACAAGCUGAAGGGCGCCAAAGGGGUCGAGCUGCACAGUGCUGGGGCGCUGGUGUGGGCUGUGACGGUCAACUGUGGAGAUGAUGGGGAGGCGGGAGAGCUCAGGCUCCCCUGUCUACUUGGGGUGUCCGCUGAGUCGGUGGUGCUCAUUGAAAGGUGCACACGCAGGGUGGUGUUUAACUGCUCCUGUCGAGAUGUCAUCGGCUGGAAGGCAGUGACAGAGACUAAGGAGGGGGGGCCCUGCUUGGAUAUCUUCUAUGAGCGUGGGGAGUCAGUGUCAAUCAGUGUGAUGGAGAGCCAGGCGGAGGAUAUACGAGAGGUGGUGCAGAGGCUAGAGCUGGUGACGCGCGGCUGCGAGGCCCUCGAGGUCACCCCCCUGCGCGACGGCGUCGGACAGCCCGGCUUCCUGAUGAACGAGGAGGGCUUUGUGACGGAGCUGCAGCGGUUCUGUUACGCCGAGAGCGGCGGCCUGCAGCUGUGGGCUCGAGUGGUGCGACUGUGCGGACACUCGCUGGUUCACCUAAGCCCUGAGGAGAGGACCAGGCUGCUCCGCACUGCACACAAGAUCCACAUCACGGUCAUCCCACCGGACGAGAACGGCAAGCCACGCAGAAGUUUCUCAGAGCUGUACCAGAAAGCCAUCAAGGAUACGGAGUGUAAACCUGGCGAGGAUCAGUCUGGAGAGGCCUGGGUGCUGGACGAGAGGGAAGAAGAGGAGGAGGAGGAGGAGGAGGAGGAGGAGGAGGAGGAGGAGGAGGAGGAGGAGGAGGAGGAGGAGGAGGAGGAAGCAGAAGCAAAGGAGGACAAGCUGAAGGCGAGUGGGGUCAAUGAAGCGGACAUGACGGAGGUGCAGGUGGAGGCCGAAGAGGGCGAAGGACAGUCGUGUGAUAAAGGGCAAAGUGAGAGAAGUCAUGGCUCGCUCCUCACGCCGCCCAGCCUACCUUUGUUACGGGCCACUUCUCUGCAGGACCAACCAGCCAUUCAGAGCCAGGAGGGCAGCGGCUCCCAGCUCACACGCAGCUGCUCUUUGGAGAGACAGCCGACCUACAGCGAUACAUGUGAUGGUCCGGACAGGCACGUGUACGACAACGUGGGGCUGAAGGGGGAACGCCACAUCUAUGAGAAUGUCGUUGAGCUGAGGGACGCCAUACCUGAUCUGAUCCUCGCUGUCAAACCCAAGGUUGCCCUGGAGGACGAACAGUUCAUGGGCGCUGAGUUUGGUGAUGACAAAGCUUCGUCUUCCCGGUUGUCAUGUUUAGACCGAGCUGAAAGAAAUUCACGAGCCCUAAGUCUUCACAACUCCAUCACCAAGAUUCUCUCAGAGACGACAGAUUCCACUGAGGAGGAGUGGCAGUCCAUCGCUGACCUGGCCACCGCCUGCCGCAGCAUCCUGGAGGCUUUGUCUCGAGAGGACCGUAAAGGAGACCCCUCCCAAGCAGGAGCUGACCAGACAGAUGGCAAGCUGAGAGACUCAAAGGAGAGUGACUCUCCAGGCCAUCUAGAAGAGAAGGUGUCGCAGCUGGAGUCCAUGCUGAAGAGGCUGCAGGAUGACCUGCAAAAGGAGAAGGAGGACAAGGCGGUGCUGCAGGCCGAGGUGCAGAGCCUCAGGCAGAACAACCAGCGGCUGCAGGAGGAGUCGCAGAGCACAGUGGCUCGCCUCAUCAAAGUCACCGAGCUGCUGUGCAACGUCAACAAGCCCUGUUAGCUUCACCACUGCACACACAGACACACAAAUCAGCAGAAAAGAUGCAACUCGUACAACGUGCUUGUACGCUCAGUAGACUGAUUUUGUGCAUAUAUAUUUGCAAAGGCAGACACACAUGCAUCCUGAUCAAUCUGUGUGCAACCACAGUCUCAAUCCUGAAUCCUGGACCUGCCUGUUGGUGACGAAGUAUGCAAAUCAACCCAUGAAAAAGAAAGAAAUUACAUUUCCAACAUCCCAUGACCUUCAUAGACUGACCAAUUUGCAGCUCUCAGGCUGCUACGUUGGUGUGCUAUGCCAGAGUUCUUCUCUUGGUGAAUAUAUGAUACAGUUUGUGUGUGGAUGUGUGCUGCAUGUGUGCGUGCCUGUGCGUGUGUGUGUGCGUCUGUACGUGUGCAUCUCUUACUGUACCUUGCUUCAAAUACUUGACAAGCUGGGCUGAAUAGCACUUGCAUUAAAAGUGGCAAUGAAGACUGAGAGACACUGUAUAGCAUGUUUGGUGGUGUCUUAUCUGAAAUGACCAAAAGUGUAUAUAUAUAUCACCAAUAAUAUAUGUGAACAGUAGUAUUGCUAUCCUCUCUGCCAGAUGUGUAGUUGCGAUGUCUGAGUGUGGUUCUGCCCGGCGCUGAUAGUGUGGAAGGCCUUGAAACAAAACACAACAAGAAAAAAAAAAAGGGAACAUGACAAUGACGAGCCUGUGGGCAGCCUUCUACUUCAUACGAUGUAAUGAUGCCAACUGACUGGCCUUAGAGCAAGGCCUGUUACGUAAGGACAUCAUUCUCUGCCCUCUUCACAUCUCAGUAGUACUGUAUUUAAGAAACUGGAAUUUUUAGGGGAAAGGAUUUUUUUUUUUUUAAACCCAUACAUAAAAGGGAUGUAACCUGGAAAUGUCAUGAAAAAGGGAACUGAGCAUGCUCGUUCCUCCUGAAAGUAUGUUAAAAACAGUAUAAAAGGGAUAAUGAAAAGGGUUUUUACCUCUCCUGAAGACGCAGACAAUGGCAGGAAAAGAACUGCUUCAGCUUCCUUCCAUGAUUGCCUGUAGCUGUUUUCUUCUAACCUCACUAUUGUAGCAGCCAUACUGUAGAAGAUCUCCUCCUACUGGCCUGAACCACAAAAUGCCAAAAGGCAGCUUUUUUCUUUCAACUGGCAAAAUAGCUUUAGGUGUCAGAAUAAAACACCUUGAACUAAUAGUGAAAUACAGGAUAUUGUAUUUAAAUAUGUUUUGUGUUUGGCGGAUGUCUACAGUGACUAUUUUGGGUAAUUGUUUACUAUGGCUUAUGAGUGGUAGCGGUAAGGACAAUAGGUGAAAUCUUACCAUUCCACCCUGAUGUGUGUUUCUAUGUGUUUCUGUGUCGUUCUUGCACUUUUUUUUUUGUAAAAUCAGCACUGGACAGGGCACAUAGUGUUCCUUAUUUAGCCCAGGUUAUGUCUUGCUCAACAUAAGAGGGUGGAUAAGAUCUCAUCCCCCCGGCACCACCUUUUACCUCACCUUUCUGUGUCCACUGCUGUUGGCGCCAAUAACAGUAACGUGUGUUCAGAGGAGUCGGACUUUUUCUCCUCAGUGCCAACAAAAAAAGCGCAGGCAGCUCGCCCGAAUCCCACUGAAAUCAAACAGAACUGACCACAAACUAAUCUCCAUCUACAAACUCUAUUCUCCGACAAAAAGGGAUGCCAAACGUUCGUCAGUCACUCCGACUCUCUUGUUUCUUGUAAAAACUUCCUCUUGUAAUUUUAUUUUAGAGUCACUGUGAAUACCUGGUACCAGCAUAUUAAGAUACAAUAUAUACAGAUUAAAUUAUGAAUCUAAACUUUAUCAGUAUGUGAAGAUACUGUAUGUAGAGCUGAACUGUUCCAUGUUACUUAGUGCAUUGGGUUGUGUAUGCCCUCCUUUUUGCAGGAUGAUUAUGCAGAGAAGUGUUAAUCAUGGCCAUGCAGGCGUCCUGUGUCGUCUCCUGUACAUGCUGAAGCCUCAUGACUGAACAGGGUGACGGUGGUGUGAGAAGACCUGUUUAACUGUGUCUUGUAUAGUUAUUUAGAUUGUAGGAGGUUGGUCAAGCAUGAGAAUGUGCCAAGCAACUUCCAAGCCCCCUCUGUAUGUGUGUAUGUAUAAAAAUGUAACUUAUUAAUCAUGCAAAUGUGGAUUUUCUUGUAGCUGUUUUAACUGGAGGGAAGUCUUGAGGAAAUAAUGUGAAAUAUGGCUGAAAGGAAAGGUGGGCUUGGUUAUAAAUUUAAGUUUCUUUUGUAAAAAACAAACAACCAUGAUAUGACAUUACAAAAUAAUAUCUGCUAAAUGUGACUAUGGUUCUUAUUAUCAUUCUGAUAUUGAGCUGUUUCAGCUAUGGCUCUUGCAUAUAAUAAGGUCUUAAAACACCAUUAGGUACGCCUUAAUGAGUGAAACUCUUUGUUCAGAAUGGAUGUUCAAACUGGUCAUACUGGUGUUAUCUGAAGGCUUAUUCCUCUGACUUUGUGCCUACCAGAAAAUGUAAUGUUUGGUAACCCAGCUUAGUGACCUCAUUUCUUUGUCUUUGGUUGCACUUACUGAGGUUUUUUUGUGGCAGAUGAAGGAUUUUCUAAGAGGCCGUCACAACAUCUGGUCUUUCAUCCGCUGUGCGAGGAAAAGUCAUUUAGUAACACAUGAUCCUAAAGAACAGAUGAUAAUAAUAAUAAUAGAUGUGUCUUGCUGGUCUGAUGAAUCGCUGAGGCUCAGUGAGUACCACUGAUGGUACAUAGAAGCAAACUGACAAAUAUAUAGCAAAU